CUCAGGCUCCGGGAGCGAGCGCCUGUCUCUUUAAAUGCCAGGGGCUGCGCUCCCUCCCGGGGAGCCUGGAGCCGGAUCUACAAUCCCGUUCCUCCCGCUCCCGCGCUUGUUGCUCGCCCGGCCCGAGCGGGAGCUGCGGCUGUCCAGCAGCCAGGCUUCUUCCUUCUCCUCCUUCUCGCGUCCUACCUCCCCCAAGAGCCAGUUGAGGGGGCGCAGCAGCCCCAGCAGGAGGCAGGAGGUGCGGGUGAACAGGCAUUGCCCCCCCCACCCUCAAGUCUUGAGGCGCUACGUAGCCGCGGGAACAAGACAUGCGUCGCUCCCCCCUUCCCAGUCUCGCUGCUGCCCGCGCCCGGAGAGGAGGUACUGCGAGGUCCACACCUGCAAAGUCGCCCUAGAAGUCUCAGGGUGCGGCGGGGAGCCCCUCCCCGCUCUCCAGGGCCUCCACCUCUCGGCGGGUGAGUUUGCGCAGGUGGUCUCAGCCCCUGUCCGGGGACCUGUGCCAAUGACCCUAGUGGUGGUUUCGCUUUCUCUCCUUUCGGCGGCGUGAACGUGUGUCAGCAGCAGCGUGAUGGGCAACCAGGUGGAGAAACUGACCCACCUAAGUUAUAAGGAAGUUCCCACCGCCGACCCGACGGGCGUGGACCGGGACGACGGGCCUCGCAUCGGGGUCUCCUACAUAUUCUCCAAUGACGACGAGGACGUGGAGCCGCAACCGCCACCCCAGGGGCCCGAUGGCGGUGGCUUGCCGGACCGCGGGGAUGGGCCGCAGCUUCCCCCGCCGCAGCCCUAUGACCCGCGGCUGCACGAGGUGGAGUGCUCCGUGUUCUACCGCGACGAGUGCAUCUACCAGAAAAGCUUCGCGCCCGGCUCCGCGGCGCUGAGCACCUACACGCCCGAGAACCUGCUCAACAAGUGCAAGCCUGGAGACCUGGUGGAGUUCGUGUCGCAGGCGCAGUACCCGCACUGGGCGGUAUACGUGGGCAACUUCCAGGUGGUGCACUUGCACCGGCUGGAGGUGAGCAAUAGCUUCCUGACGGACGCGAGCCAGGGCCGGCGCGGCCGCGUGGUGAACGAUCUGUACCGCUACAAGCCACUGAGUCCCAGCACAGUGGUUCGCAACGCGCUAGCGCACGUGGGCGCCAAGGAGCGAGAGCUGAGCUGGCGCAACUCUGAGAGCUUCGCCGCCUGGUGCCGCUAUGGCAAGCGCGAGUUCAAGAUCGGCGGGGAGCUGCGCAUCGGCAAGCAGCCCUACCGGCUGCAGAUCCAGCUCUCUGCGCAGCGCAGCCACACGCUCGAGUUCCAGAGCCUGGAGGAUCUGAUCAUGGAGAAACGGCGCAACGACCAGAUAGGGCGCGCGGCCGUGCUGCAGGAGCUCGCCAUGCACCUGCACCCCGCCGAGCCGGAAGAGGGCGACAGCGACGCCGCGCGGACUACGCCGCCUCCCGAGCGCCCCCCUGCGCCCGGCCAGGAAGAGGAGGACCGAGAGGUGGUGGUGCAGUGACCGGCGAGCUGGAGGAAGAGCUGUGAGAGGGAGCUGUUUGCAGCAGGCGCUGCUCUUUCUCUCCUCUCCCUCCCUCCUCCACCACCCUCUGGGCUCCUUCUGGGCUCCUGGGCCAGUUGGAAAAUGGAGGGUUCGUGAAAGGCACAGCCAGCUGUAGCUUGGUCUUGUUAUCUUGGACUGAGGAGGAAGAGGGAGCAGGUAGGAGCAUUUUGGCUGGGGGCACUUCCUGUUUGCCCUCUAGAUGCGUCUUCCUUUCUGAGGUGGGGCAAACUGUGGACGUGCCUGACGGUUAAUCUCUGUUCGACCUGGGUCCAAAAUCGACUCUUUGUACGCACGCGGGGGUGCAGAAAAGUUCAGAGUACCAGUGCCUGCCAUUGCCCCCUCCCGGCUUCUCUCCUACCCUAGGCUUUGAGGAUGCCCUAUCCUAAGGCCAGAGGGCCGUUUGUCUGCUACCCUUGUGGAGCUGUGUGUGGGAUUCGGGAGGCUGGGAUGAUUUAUGGAAUUCCUGGGUGCAAAGCUGGAGAAACUAGGACCAGAUCUGGGAGCAGCAGACCAAAACCAAACAGCCACCUGUGAAGUGUAGCAAAUAAGUAAACUUGGGCUACAAAACAAAGACUUUACUACCUCCCCCCUCCCCAUCCCCAAGUAAUUCAUCUUCUGGAGCUGCCUUCUAGCGGAGUCUCCUGCUUUCUCCUCCACCCGCACUUUCCCGGUUGCAAGUAAUCAUUGUCAUGGGCCAGCUAGGGGAAGGAUUAGUUAUGGUUCUGUUUGGCCGCCUUUGUUUCUUGCCUGCUGUUGUAGGCACUUAGCGCUGUGUUAUUUGUCAUCAAAGAAGGGAAUAGCCCUUUGUGUCUCUGAUCUGAUCAAACCUGCUUGGCUGUGUUCAUCCACAGGUCACACAUAGGGUUGGCUGGUGCCACCUUAUAGAGUAUCCACUACAGAAGCAGCCAAACAGGGUUGUCUUGGCAGGAAUUAGUGAAUUACUCCUACUCUCCACUGAACCCCAUUCCUGAACAGUGAAGGUAUAACCUUUUAAAAAUAUAAGGCUUUGGUAGUGGUCCUGUGAAUUUUAAUUUUCCUUCACUGGCCCAUCCCUCUCACUUUUGUUUUGCUACUGGUAAAAUCUUAGGCUUGAAGCAUAUUUCAAUGAUAAGUAUUUAUUUUGGUAGCCACACUCGAUGCACACAUAAUUCAAGAUGCAAAGUCCUGUUACAGUGCAGGAGUCCCUUCGGAAUGCUUUUUCAAUUAAGGGCGGUGAAAGUAAUCACAAAUGCCACCUGGUGUAGUCAGUGCCGAAUCUGGUGACAGUUCUAAAACACAGGUUACGAUCGUGGGAUCUGUUGGCAGCAGGCUGGCCAAUACUAUCUGGAUCUGUUGCCGAGCUGUUUGUUUUACUAUGAGGCUUUAAAAGAGUUUUUACAACCUGUCUCUUGUAUUCCUGUGAGCUCUUUAAUGAUUCACACCCUCAAUUUCAGAAUGCUGCACACUGGCAUUACCUAAUACUGUCUCAAAAGUUGAGUAAAGUUUUUCUUUCUCUUGGGAGUCAUGAGAGAUUACACUGAACAAAUCAUUUUGUGACCUAAUUCUUACAGUGGGAGUAGCUUCAUACUUGAGUGCUCUACAGCCAUGGUCAUCCAUUAGACCCGGCCUGAAGAUCUCUAAAUCAAGGCAACAAGACUUGAAGGAUUUUUCUUUCUUUCUUUCUUUUUUUAAAAAGCCUACAGCACCUGGUCUUCCUAGGUGCUCUCCCAUCCAAAUACUAACUAGGCCCAACCCUGCUUAGCUUCCAAGAUCAGAUGAGAUCGGGCGUGUUCAGGGUGGCAUGGCCAUAGACUUGAAGGAUUUCUUUGUAUACUUUUUUUCAAACUUGGAAAUCGAGGCCAUAAUUUUGAAAAACCUUCAUAGCACUUCAACAUGACAUUUAAUUACAGGGCAUUAGCUGUGUUUCCUGUUUUUAUAGGAAUCACCAAAGAGGUCCUAUCACUUUGUUAAAGAUAAACCACGCUCAGCCCCAGUCUGUGACUUCGACAUCGGUCUCCUGUUGGAAAUGUAGAUCUGGUUUCGUAAAUCUCCCCGCUUUGUCUUUGUAUUCUCUCGCUCAUGGAAAAGCUGAGCAGGAUAAACACGGGUAAAGCCAUGUUGAAGAGAGCCUGUUACAUCUAAUGGAUUUGGAUUUCUUUUAUGCUUAACACAGUAGCGAAAAUUGAAAGUAAUGACCAGUAUGCAGACAGCAGGAAGGAGGAAGAACAGCGCAGUACCGUCCAGCAGCUCUGGGCGGCUUGGCCAGCCCUUCCGCUGCCCCAUCUCUGUCUCUCUCUUUUGCCCUCGAAUGGAAAGUGAAUGUCAUUGGUCAUACUGAGGUAUAGCAGUGACUACCUGUUGUUGCAAAUGAACUGUUUUUUGAGAAGUCUCAGCAUGAAGGAAGAACUCCUGUAAAGGUCUACGCCAACAGCAGCAUCCUGCCUCUAAAGAAGAGGUUUUUGAUAACAGGGCUUGAAAAUGAACUAGAAGAGGAAAUAGGUCAACUUCAGACGCUGCCUUCCCAUGUAAAGCAAGUAUUUUUACAGGACGCCAGAGAUGUGAAAUAUAUACUUGGGAACAGAGAUUCCAUUGGAAGCUUUCUUCGGGUUCUAAAGCUUCAGGUAAAGCAACAGCCCUGUGAAGGUGCCAAGAAAGGAGAAUCAGAUCAACUCUUUGCUCCUUCCUCAAGAUGGCAGUGUUGUGGAUAACUGAGUUUUAAUGCCAGGUAAUGGCUACACCUGGCACU